AUGAGUGAAACACAAGGUUUACCAAAUAUUAGCGCGUUAAAGGAAUUUAAUGUACAUGUGGAUCGGUGGUCGACUUACGUCAGCAGGUUACGAACAUGGAUGUCUAUUCACGACAUCAAACCGGCUAAUUACUCAAAAUAUCUAGUUGCAGUCGUCGGUACGGAAGCGUUGGAUUUGAUUAUCGAUUUGUGUUAUCCGGAUAAACCGGAGUCGGUUCAGUUCGAGCAAAUCGUAAAGAUAGUGGAAGAACAUUUGUCACCAAAACGAUCGGUCAUCGCCGAACGAAUGAUAUUCAGAUCUUAUAAACAAAGUGCCAGUCAAUCGGUGGGUGAAUAUCAAAUAGAAUUAAAACGACUUAGUAGGGCGUGUAAAUUCUCUAGCAACGAGAUAUUGAAAGAAAAUUUACGGGACCAGUUCGUGUUCGGUUUGGCGUGCGAACGUAUACAACAGCGCCUGCUGAUGGAAGACGAGAUGACGCUCACGUUUAGCCGCGCCUGCGAGCUGGCGCUGUCACUGGAGGCGGCCGUUCGAGACUCAAAGCCCGGCGACGGAGCCGGCAUGCUCCGCAGCGCCGCGGAGCCCGUGCAUGCGGUGGAUAGAACGCGCGGCGGACGCGCCCCGCGCCGCGGGCGGCCGGCGCCGCCGGGCCGCGCGCAGCACGGCGGGCGCGCCGCCCAGCACCAGCAACAGCAGCGAUGCUACCGGUGUGGACGCACGCAUCACCCGGACGAGUGUUCUUUUCGUGACAGCGAUUGUUACGUUUGCGGUGACAGGGGUCACAUCGCGAAAAUGUGUCGUUACCGUAAAAAUAAGGCGCGAGUUCACCAUAUAAGUGAUAAUAACGCGGAGGACUCAGCGUCGGAAUCUAGCGGCUCGGACGAUCGUGCUAUUGACAUUUAUCAAUUAAGUGAUAGUGAAACGGAGAGUGACGAUCGUUGGGUUAUAAAUGCUAAAAUAAAUAAUAUACCGAUUACGAUGGAAGGUGAUACCGGUUCGGCCAUUAGUGUGAUUUCUAUAGCAACCUAUAAUAAGUACUUUAGAAAUUGUGAGUUAAAACCUUUAAGUACGAAGUUAAAAAUGUAUAGCGGCCAACUAGUGAAGCCAUCGGGUAAGUUACUCUGUUCAGUCGAAAUAAACGGAAAAAUUAUAAGAGACUUAUCGUUAACGGUGAUCGGAAAUGAUCACAGUUCAUCUCUUUUCGGUCGGGACUGGAUGAGGGCUUUUAACUUUCGGUUUCCAAGAAUUAACGAAUUAAAAGAAAUUCCGAUGAACGUACAGUCCACUGCCAACAUUAAGAGAGAACUGAUGAAGCGCUUUCCGAAUGUGUUCGCGGCAGGUAUAGGUACUUUCAAUAAAGCUCGCAUAUCCUUGGAAACGGUCACGUCAGCUCGGCCGGUUUGGCGGCGCGCGCGCCCUGUGCCGCACGCACUGCGCCCGCGCGUGGAUACCGAGCUGGCGCGGCUGCAGCGCGAGGGCAUCAUCACACCCGUCGACUGGAGCGAGUGGGGUACGCCGGUGGUGCCCGUACUCAAAAAGAACGGGGAGGUCCGCCUAUGUGGUGAUUUUAAAACCACUGUUAACCCGGUACUCGUUGAGGACAAAUACCCGAUACCGAGAAUCGAGGAUAUAUUUGCAUCUCUUCAAGGGGGAAAGUUGUUUAGUAAAAUAGACCUAAGUAGCGCAUACUUACAGUUUUUACUUGACGAGCCAUCGAGGAAAUUGUGCACGAUUGUCACUACUCAAGGUAUGUUCUGCUACAAUAGGCUACCAUUUGGAAUUAAAUGCGCGCCUAAUAAAUUCCAGCGUAUGAUGGAUAAACUGUUUCGAAUGCCUUUUGUUACUUGUUAUCUAGAUGAUCUGACAGUUAGCGGCGUCGAUAGUGAAGACCACUGGAAGAGGCUACAAGCCGUGUUUAAAAUCUUAUCAGACAGUGGAUUGCGUGUUGCACCGGAAAAAUGUAGUUUUUUUCAAAAAACUAUAUCGUACCUGGGAUACGUCAUCGAUGCCGACGGAUUACAUACAGAAAUAUCAAAAGUAGAUGCGGUGAUAAAUACGCCAACACCGACGACACAAAAACAACUAAGAGCAUUCCUGGGACUCAUAAAUUAUUACGGGAAUUUUUUAUUUAAUUUAAGUGAUACUUUAGCGCCACUGUAUGACCUAUUAAAAAGAGAAAAAGAUUUUCAGUGGAAUGAACACUGUGAUAAGGCGUUCAGUAAUGUAAAGAAAGCAUUACAGAGCGCCCCUGUCCUGGCGCAUUACAACCCGACGCUAGCGACCACUGUGAGUAGCGACGCGUCCCCACGUGCGCUGGGCGCCGUGCUGUCGCAGCGCGGCGCCGACGGCUGCGAGCGCCCGGUGGUGCACGCCUCACGCACGCUUGCCGCCGCUGAGAGAAACUACGCGCAAAUAUGUCGUGAAGGAUUAGCAGUUAUUUUUGCAGUUACUAAGUUUCACGACUAUCUAUACGGUCGAGAGUUUACUUUAGUGACAGAUUGCAAGCCGCUGGCGGCGAUAUUUAACGAAAAUAAAGGUAUUCCGCUGAUGGCGGCGAGCCGCCUUCAGAGAUGGGCAGUAAUUUUAGGAGCAUAUAAUUAUAAAAUCAGGUGUAUUGCGUCGAAUCAUAAUUGUGUAGCGGACAGCUUGUCCCGUAUGCCCACAGUCGAACAGAGUGACCACAGUCGGGUUGAGUAUUACAUUAAUUUUGUUCAAAAUGCGUCACCGAUUAAUUACAGAGAAAUAGCAAAAGUUACUACUACAGAUAAUGAGUUACAAGAGAUACACAACACGCAUCAAGGAAUAGUAAAGUGCAAGAACCUAGCGCGGAACUACGUAUAUUGGCCGGGCAUCGAUACGGAUAUCGAGCGUGUAUGCCGGGCCUGCGAAACGUGCGCGCGCGAGCGGCCCGCGCCGCCGGCGGCCGUGUCUCGAACUGCCGCGCUGCACCCCUGGCAGUGGCCGCAGGAGCCCUGGUAUCGGCUGCACGCUGAUUUCUUUUCGUUAGCCGGUAAUACAUUGUACUAUUUUGUGAUCAUUGAUGCUCAUUCCAAAUGGAUUGAAGCUUAUCGUGUGCCAAGCACAGCGGCUAAAACUACAAUCCAGAAACUAAAAAUUGUAUUCGGACAAUUUGGUUUGCCAUAUGAGUUGGUAUCCGACAAUGGUCCUCCUUUCAAUGGAAAUGAGUUCCAAUGUUUUUUGAAUAACUCCGGUAUACGACAUAUCACAGUAACUCCAUAUAAACCAAGUAGUAAUGGUGCGGCAGAAAACGCCGUAAAAAUAGUCAAAACCUGUUUGAAAAAAGCGAUACGUGACCACGUUGAAUUAGAAACCGCAUUAAGUGAUUUCUUAUUAAUGUAUCGUUCAACUCCUCAUAGCAUUACGGGCAAAAGUCCAGCUAGUUUGUUAUUGGGAAGAAAUGUGCGGACACCACUCGACCUGUUGCGUCCUUCAGCUAGUCACAUGAUAAUGCGUAAACAACUCGCUCAAAUUGAAUAUAAAGCAGGGUACAAUCGAUAUUUUAAUAUUGGAGAGCGGGUUUUCUUUAAAAACUUUAAAAAUAAUACCGCUACUUGGGAAAGAGGUACAAUCACUGAUAGAAUUGGCCCACUGACUUAUAUUGUUGCCUAUGAUGGCAAACACUUGAAAAAACACGUAGAUCAAUUACGUCGGGAUGAUUGUGACUUGGAAGAUUUAUCUUCCAUUAAUACACCCUUGCAACUGGUUAGUACUGACGUACAAAUACCACAAGCUGAUAACAGGCAGAUGCCAAGUAACAGCGAAUCCACGUGUGUGCCGUCUGCAGAUACCUCGCCCUCUCCGUUAUCAGAACCACGUAGUCCCGUGUUAAUGGCUUCAUCCAGUCUAGGCAGAAACCCAAACCAUCCAGUUAAUGCUGAGAGUAAUAUGCCGCACAUUACUAAAAGAAUCCGGAAACCUGUUCAAAGAUACGGGUUUGACAUCGACUGA